GGGGAUUUGUCACAAACGCCAAGUCUCAACGAGUGCACGCCUAUAUAAAAGCACCCCCUUGAAAGGCAACCAGCUUCCCCGCAUUCACAACUCUAGAGAGCCGGCCACUGUGUCUUCCCAGCAGCGACAUAUUGAGCAUAGGGUGAAGCUAGUGAUGCGGAUAGAGUGACUCCUAGAUUUUGCAAAGCAGUCGCAUCCUCACGACGGACCUGCCAUCUCCACAAUGUCGCUUCGCGUAGCUCUAAUGGCCGCCGUAGGCGUUGUCUCGUUGAUCACCGUUGCAGUCGCUAUCUUUGUCAACAGGCCCGGGAACGCUCAUGCGCAGGGACACAGCAGCAGCGGGGGUGGCCAACCUCAGCGGACCUCCAGUCGGGCUCCUCCCAGGCCCGAAGCCCCCACCUCAGGCACAGCAAAACGUGGACAGAAGGAAGACAGUCCGGCAGCAGCAGACGCUGAAGGACUACAUAAACGGCGUGGGCGGACUGCGGAAGGAGAGGAUGAUGUUACCGUUGUUGUAGAUGGGAAGCCCGGCGCGAAGGAGAAGGCUGACCAAGGCGUAUCGGUGGAGCUGAUUGAUUUGCGGGUCAGUGGAAAAUCGAACGACGGACAGAAGGAUGACGGUUCAUUCGAGAAGGCUAUUGGUGAUAGGAUCAAGGAAUUCUGGGGAGAGGCGCCCGUUGAGAACUCGGGUAGUUCCACUGUCCCCGAAGUUGGGGGCCAGAAAGGCCAAGACGGGGAUCUACUCGGCUUGUCAGCAGCCGAGGCGGAGAUUCCGAAAGUAGAGGAAGAGGUGGAAAGCGCACAAGAGAAGGCUCCUGUUUCCGUCGCGGAUGACACGAUCCUUGGGGUAACCGAUAACUUACCCGAGAUACCCACGCCCACCACCGAAGAACCGCAGGACAUUGCUCCUCAACCCUCCGUCCCAACCGACCAACCCUCCAACGUCGCCGACGUGACUGCGCCGAUCCCAUGCGUCAGUGAAGCCGACGCCGGCACCGACAGCCUGAAAGCCCUCCAGGACGACGUGGAAACCCUCGAAGAGCAACUCCGGGCCCGCAAGACAAAACUGCAGCAAGAGUUGGCAGAUGUCGGGUGGACAGAGGAGCAAUUCCGCACUUUGGUCGGUUUGCAAGGUGCUACUGCUGCUGGUAGUGACCAUCAUUUGGCGGCACAGAAGAAACGCGAGGAGGACGGCGAAGCGAGCGUGUUCACUAUGGCUCCUCAGAAUGUCGGUCCGUUGGCGUCUGUCCAUCUGUUGAAGCAGGCUGCUGAGAUGCGGAAUUCGGAGAUCAUUUUGGAAGACCUGGACGCAUCUCACCGCACCACUGAACACAGGCCGGUAGACGCCGUCGCCGCAGUCUCAUAUCCGGAUCACCCUGCCACCGUACUAUCACCCGACCACCCGGCUACCUCACCAUCCUCGAACAUCAUCUACCUCCAAUCCCUCUCCGCCUCCUCUCCCUCAAUCCCGAGCAGCCACCACCAUCGCACCACACUCCCCCCCACGCUUGAUAUGCACUCUCUCGCAGAAGUGCAGUUCAUGGAUUUCAGCCACGUGGGCCACGUCGAGGAGCUCGCCGAGGCAAGUGAUGAGGACGCCGGGCGUGUCGCGGAGGAGAAAGAGUCGGUGUUCUCGGGGGAGAGUGGGUGGACGGCUGUUUCGCCGCCACCUGGGCAUGCGUUGGAGUUUUGAAGGGAUUGGUUGACGUUUCAGUGGCUUUUAGAGUGGUUGUGUGACCUCCUUUUUUUUCGAUAUGUGUAUAUUUCGAUUAGUGGCAGCAUAGCAGUUUGUCAAUCACCCGCUUUCUUGCUGGCGGCACCUAAGCUUUCCUACAACCCCUUACCCUGAACGUGAAUCAAAGUCGUGCCCGUGAAUUCUGCACUUCCGUCGGUGAGAUGUCGGUAUGAUUAAGAACUA